CAGAAUGAGAGGGGCGAAAGCGGUUUUUCUCAUUUUAUUUUUCGGCCAUCUUUCCGCUUUGCCCGAUACCAUACGAAUUGGUGGUCUGUUUCACCCAGAAGACGAUAAACAAGAAGUGGCAUUUCGUUAUGCUGUAGAAAGAGUAAAUGCAGAUCGAGCAGUACUGCCUAGAGCAAAGCUUCUAGCCCAAGUAGAGACUAUUUCACCACAAGAUAGUUUCCAUGCUUCAAAACGAGUAUGCCACCUUUUACGGAGUGGAGUGGCGGCCAUUUUCGGGCCACAAUCAGCACCCGCCGCCGCCCACGUACAGUCUAUUUGUGACACAAUGGAACUACCGCACUUAGAGACCAGAUGGGACUACCGCACUAGACGGGAGUCCUGUCUCGUUAACCUUUAUCCACAUCCAGCGGCACUCAGUCGGGCCUACGUGGAUUUAGUAAGAGCUUGGGGAUGGAAAUCCUUCACAAUCGUAUAUGAGAACAGUGAUGGUCUGGUGAGACUCCAAGAAUUACUCAAAGCUCAUGGCCCUUCGGAAUUGCCAGUAGCAGUACGUCAAUUACCUGAUUCACAUGAUUAUAGGCCACUUCUGAAACAGAUAAAGAAUUCGGCAGAAUCUCAUAUAGUGCUCGACUGUGCGACAGAUAGAAUCAGAGAUGUACUACAACAAGCGCAACAAAUUGGAAUGAUGUCUGACUAUCAUAGCUACCUGAUUACUUCUUUAGAUCUUCACAGCGUUGACUUAGAGGAAUUCAAAUAUGGUGGAACUAAUAUAACGGCUCUAAGGUUACUUGAUCCUGAACGAGCAGAUGUACAAAGAGUCAUACGGGACUGGGUGUAUGAUGAAGCCAGAAAAGGGCGGAAACUACAACUAGGACACACGUCAGCCAAGGAAAAUAUGACAUUCAUAAAGACUGAAACAGCUCUCAUGUAUGAUGCAGUACAUUUGUUCGCAAAAGCUCUCCACGAUCUAGAUACGUCGCAACAAAUCGAUGUGAGACCGCUGUCUUGUGAAGCCGAGGACACCUGGCCCCAUGGAUAUAGUCUCAUCAAUUACAUGAAAAUCGUGGAAAUGAAAGGCUUAACUGGAGUUAUAAAGUUCGACCAUCAAGGAUUUAGGAGCGACUUCACUUUAGAUAUAAUCGAGUUGACAAGAGAUGGCUUGCAAAAGGCAGGCACUUGGAACUCCUCCGAGGGUGUCAAUUAUACGAGGUCUUAUGGUGAAAAUCAAAAACAAAUAGUCGAGAUACUUCAAAACAAAACCCUCAUCGUUACCACAAUUUUGAGUGCACCGUAUUGUAUGAGAAAAGAAGCAAGUGAAAAGCUGACUGGAAACGCACAAUUCGAGGGUUACGCCAUUGAUCUCAUUCACGAGAUAUCUAAAAUUCUGAAGUUCAAUUAUACAUUCAAGCUGGCGCCAGACGGUCGAUACGGCUCCCAAAACAGGGAGACUAAAGAGUGGGACGGAAUGAUAAGGGAACUGUUAGAACAAAGAGCCGAUCUUGCCAUUGCUGAUCUCACCAUUACGUAUGACAGGGAACAGGUGGUUGAUUUCACGAUGCCAUUCAUGAAUCUUGGUAUCUCGGUGUUGUACCGAAAGCCAAUCAAGCAACCACCAAACCUAUUCUCGUUUCUGUCACCCCUCUCACUGGACGUUUGGAUAUAUAUGGCUACAGCUUAUUUAGGUGUAUCCGUGCUACUCUUCAUUCUGGCAAGGUUCAGUCCGUACGAGUGGGACAGCCCCAGGAACUGUCUAGACGAGCCACCGGUGUUGGAGAAUCAGUUCACUCUGUUGAACUCGCUGUGGUUCACUAUCGGAUCCUUGAUGCAGCAAGGUUCGGAUAUCGCACCGAAGGCUGUAUCGACGAGAAUGGUGGCUGGUAUGUGGUGGUUCUUCACUCUGAUCAUGAUAUCAUCAUACACAGCGAACUUGGCUGCUUUUUUGACAGUCGAAAGAAUGGAUUCACCGAUAGAAAGUGCUGAAGAUCUUGCUAAACAAACUAAGAUAAAGUAUGGUGCUCUUAAAGGAGGAUCGACAGCAGCAUUUUUCAGAGACUCAAAUUUCUCUACAUACCAGCGCAUGUGGUCUUUCAUGGAAUCUGCCCGUCCGUCUGUAUUCACUAGCAGCAACAAAGAGGGUGAGGAACGUGUGAUGCGUGGCAAAGGUUCUUACGCAUACCUGAUGGAGUCGACCACCAUCGAGUAUGUAGUCGAACGGAACUGUGACUUGACACAAGUAGGUGGGAUGCUCGACUCGAAAGGAUACGGAAUAGCGAUGCCGCCUAAUUCACCCUACCGUACUGCCAUCAGCGGAGCCGUUCUGAAAUUGCAAGAGGAAGGUAAACUGCACAUUUUGAAGACUAAAUGGUGGAAAGAGAAACGUGGCGGUGGAUCUUGUAGGGACGACACUUCGAAGUCGUCAUCGACCGCGAACGAACUGGGUCUCGCUAACGUGGGCGGCGUAUUCGUAGUUCUCAUGGGAGGAAUGGGAGUGGCGUGCGUCAUCGCCGUCUGUGAAUUCGUUUGGAAGUCGCGUAAAGUAGCCGUCGACGAAAGGGUGAGUGGAGCUCUUAUGUUUAUUAAAUACUAG